AUGGACACUGAAUCUCUUAUCAUCAAUGGCCACAGAAAUAUUCUCUUCUCUGGUUCUAUUCAUUACCCUCGCAGCACCCCUCAGAUGUGGGGAGACUUGAUAGCGAAAGCAAAACAAGGAGGAUUGGAUGUUAUCCAAACCUAUGUGUUUUGGAAUCUUCAUGAACCUCAACCCGGCAAGUAUGAUUUUAGCGGGAGAUAUGAUUUGGUGAGAUUCAUAAAAGAAAUUCAAAGUCAAGGACUGUAUGUUUGUCUCAGAAUUGGACCCUUCAUUGAAAGUGAAUGGACAUAUGGAGGAUUCCCAUUUUGGCUACAUGAUGUCCCUGGCAUUGUUUACCGAACAGACAAUGAGCCAUUUAAGUUCUACAUGCAAAAUUUUACAACAAAAAUUGUCAACAUGUUGAAAGAAGAGGGUUUAUAUGCUUCACAAGGAGGCCCAAUUAUAUUGUCACAGAUUGAGAAUGAAUAUCAAAACGUCGAAAGAGCAUUCGGUACGGCAGGUUCGCAGUAUGUUGAAUGGGCUGCAAAAAUGGCAGUAGGCCUUAAUACAGGCGUACCGUGGGUUAUGUGCAAGCAAACAGACGCUCCUGAUCCUGUGAUCAACACAUGUAAUGGUAUGAGAUGUGGAGAAACUUUUACAGGACCAAACUCUCCUAAUAAGCCUGCAAUGUGGACAGAGAAUUGGACAUCAUUCUAUCAAGUGUAUGGUGGAUUGCCGUAUAUACGGUCUGCUGAAGACAUUGCGUUUCAUGUCGCUCUUUUUGUAGCACGAAACGGAAGCUUUAUCAAUUACUAUAUGUAUCAUGGUGGAACAAACUUUGGGAGAACUGCCUCUGCUUAUACUAUAACAGGUUAUUACGAUCAAGCACCGCUCGAUGAAUAUGGUUUGUUCAGACAACCGAAGUAUGGACAUCUCAAGGAGUUGCAUGCUGCAAUCAAGUCUUGUUCAACCACUUUAUUACAAGGAGUGCAGAGGAAUUUCUCAUUAGGUGAAUUGCAGGAAGGUUAUGUUUUUGAAGAAGAAAAUGGAGGAUGUGUUGCAUUGCUUAUAAACAAUGAUAAAGGGAACAAUGUUACUAUCCAAUUUCGCAAUAGUUCAUAUGACUUGCUCCCCAAGUCAAUAAGUAUCUUACCAGAUUGUCAAAAUGUAGCUUUUAAUACUGCAAAUGUAAGUACAACCAGCAACAGAAGGAUCAUAACUUCAAGACAAAACUUCAGCUCAGUUGAUGAAUGGCAACAACUUCAAGAUGUGAUUCCGAAUUUCGAUGACACUUCAUUGAGAUCAAACUCGUUACUCGAGCAAAUGAAUACAACUAAAGACACUUCGGAUUACCUUUGGUAUACUCUUAGGUUUGAAAACAAUUUAUCUUGCAGUGCUCCAAUACUUGUUGUUCAUUCUGCUGCUCAUGUUGCUCAUGCUUUUGUGGUCAAUCACUCAAGAAAAAUGAUCUUAUUGUACUUCCAUCAGAAAGCCCAUUCAAGGUUGAUACUGAGAACAAUUUGA